GGGUCACGCACUGGGCGGGGCGCGCUCUCGUGCCAUGGCUGAGCCGAGGCGGGCGCCCGUGGCGCGGGCCGUGCUGCAGCAGUGCCUGUCCGCGCGGCUGCAGGUGAAGGCCGCCGAGCCCGGCGCCGCCGCCGAGUGGGUACAGGUUCAGAGAGGACUUGUUAUCUACAUAUGCUUCUUUAGAGGAGCUAAUGAGGAACUCAUUCCAAAAAUGGUUAAUACCCUGUUGAAUGUUAAAUUAAGUGAAACUGAAAGUGGCAAGUAUGUUUCUGUUCUGGAUUUACCAGGCAGUCUUCUAAUAAUACCCCAAGCCACGCUGGGUGGCAAAUUGAAGGGAAGAAACAUGCAGUACCAUAACAAUACAGAAAAAGAAAAAGGGAUGGAGCUUUACUCCCAGUUUGUGACUCAGUGUGAAAAAGAACUGGCUGCUAAUACCAAGUGUGCUGAAGCAGGGGUUGUUGUCAAGUAUGGCACGUAUGGAAACAGGCAGGUGUUAAAACUGGAUACAAAUGGACCUUUCACUCAUAUAAUUGAAUUUUGAAAAAUAAGCUUUCCAUGUAUAAUUGUUUCCAAGCAAAUGUAGUAUUUUCCAUUUUUGUAAGUGAAAGUGGCCCUAGAAUAAUUUGAAAGUGAAGAAAUAGUAAGAUGAUUUCAAUAAACUUCCAUUGGUUUUAAGUCCACAAAUGCAUUGAUAAAUGGAAAUCAGUCUCUACAUCCUCAGGUGUCUUAUUGUUAUUUUUAUCUGAAAUAUUUUGUAAAUGAAAUGUAUUCCACUUAUACAUCUCAGGUAAGUGCAUUAUUCACUUAGCUGCAUGACACAAUGCUAUGUUACUUACAUAAUACUGGUUAGCUGAAUACCUGUUAAGUCAUACAAAACUUAUGCGCAUAAAAUGUUUCAUUUUCAUUGUCUAUUUUGUAACUAACUGUAUUCCCAUUUAACUGCACUAGAAACAAUGAGGAAGCAGCUUUCAACAUACUGCUAUUAGAAGCCUUGAAAAUGACAGAAGUUAGUCAGUUUUCCUAUCUGUUAUCUCCCUUUGCUUUCAAAGUUUUCUAAUAGCAGCCUGAAACUGAAUAUUAAAAGCCUUAAAAGUGAGGGGAACAAGUUAGUUUUAGGACUACUAACAUUUAUAGUCUGAUAAACAUUAAGUGGUGGAAGUACCCUUUAGCGGGGGCUGGGGCCUGCUACAGACCUGUGGGCCCAGCUGUGCCGGCAAGAGACUUACCUGACUGGGUCUGGAAGGGCUGCAUGCCCCCGGUGCUCUGGGGAACAGUGUCUGGGAAGAACCCCGGAGGUGAGCAGGCCUCCAGGAGCACUGAACCAUGUGCACCAGGGAGCCUGCUUUGACUGGCCAGAAGAAGAGAGCGGGGAAUUUAAACAGAUAUCAAGAAGGCCUUCAAUAUUUGGCAUUCCCGAGGAAGGGGAAGUGCAGUGGAGCCGGGAGCUGCGUGCACUGGGGCAGCAGAGGACUCACACCACUGAACUCUCCCAGGUUGCCAAGACCCAGGUGAGCCCCGAGUGAACAGCCACUUGCCCUUGCAGGAAAAGCUAGGUAAAGUGGGCAGUUGGGAAGGGGAAGUCAUACUGGCCGCACUAGAGACAGGAUCCAGAGGGAAGUCUGUCCCAGGGACCCAGUGGAGGCUGGCGGGGGUGAGAAAACUCAGAUCACAAAGACAGUGGCGAGGUUUAGAGGCAAGCCCAGGCAGGCAAAGAUUCAGGGAGCUACAUGAUAAGCCCUGAAGAAUAAAAAGUAAAAGAAAAGGGUUUAAGCCAUACCCUGAAUGGGAUUACAGGGAAAAUUAAAGAACACAUAAUUAAUUUAGGAAUUUGGAUGCAGGUGGGACCAGAUUGGGAAAUAGGCUGUCAUUUACUUUAAUGGGCUAACUAAGCUGCGAAGGUUGGGCCCAGAGGAUAUGGAUUUGUGAGUACAAGGGCCCUGCAGCUAGGAUCCAGGAGGCAUCAAGUAGAUUAGGUUGUAAAGCCUGAAGUAAGUUUGAAAGAUAAACCAAAAGGAAAAGAUAAUAAAUAAGUUGAUCUAAAGGACUAGCAAAAUGAAUCCCUGCCCUAUGUGAAAAAAGACACAGGGUAAUUAAGGCAUAAAGAGUAUAGUGAAUGUCACAUAUGUGGAUGGACAAACAACUCAGCCGUGGGUAGAUAAUUCACAGGAACCAGGACAAGAACCAGUGAGUGACAAACAAGAGACAGAGCAAUCCAGGGAUCCGAUCCAGGGAGUCCUCCCCACACAAGGCCAUGGGGACUUUUUUGCCUCAGGAAAGGGGCAGGUUGUAGGGAAGGUGGAGCCCUGCAGAAGAACCAGGACCCCACCAGAUGGAUCUUCUGCCAACGAGUCAUCCAAUCUACCUAAAAGAAACAACUCGUCAAGGCAUGGCAGAGAAGCGGGAGAGCAUGAUGAAGAUACAUAGCAUUACAGCACAGUGGCAGGGCCGGAAUACACGUGGGCUCACAUACCUGCCCCAAAACUAUCUUCUCCCUUUUUCAAGUCUUCUAAUUAGUGUUGGGUCUGCUAUAAGAAGCUUUGAAAACUAGAGGAACUUUUAAUUACUACAGUUUGGGAGCUGCUUAUGCCACAGCAAUAUGUAGUCAGAAAGCACUAUUUGGAGUAAGGAUAAAUUCACUCUCCAGGUAAGUGCAUAGUUGUUUACCAGUCUUGAAGCUAUAUGCUAAAAUAGAGUACGCUCUCAUUAAAAGUCAGUACAGUGAUAGGCUAGGGACAGAAGUUAUGCAUAAACUGCUUUAAAUGAUCAGAAACCAGUUUAAACCUGUAACAGGACAGAAGUUCAUUGCACAUAAACUACUCACAGGCUUUUCCACCCCUUACCACUUAGGCGGAGGAGGUGGGGGUGUAGCCAGACACUGGCCCCCGGCUGCCACGCUGAGGGAGGGAGUGGGGUGGUUUAAACCCCCUCUCCCACUGACAUGGGACCCGAGCAGCGUCCACCUAGGGGAUGCGGGGUGUGAACAGAUGCUGGCCCGGGCUGGCACACUGAGGCAGAGGGGAGGGAGGGGGAUUUAAAUCCCCCUCAGAGUUUAUUGCAUCAUGUUUACAAAAACUUGCAUCUUUAUAGGUUUAACUAUUGCUGCCAAUUUCUAAAAGAUUUUUGCUUAUUUCUCCUGAGGUACUAUUUCCUGCAGGUAGAAAGGUUUAACCCCAUCCCUCCUCUCUGCCUCAGUGUGCUGCACCCCUGGCUGGGGUCCCAUGCGGGCAGGGGGGAGGGGAUUUAAACCCCCCACCUCAGUGUGCCAGCCGUUGGAGUGGUGAGCAGAGCAAAGGUAGGCAGGAGCUGCUGCACCCUCUGCCAAGCAGACCCCGGUUGGGUUCCUGUGCCAGUGGGAGAGGGGUUUACAAACAAACAAAAAGAAAGAAGGGUUUAAAUUUUGUUAGCUACUAAGUAAAACAGUUUUGGAAAGAACAAGUCUAUAGAGGAGGAGUCAGUUCCCUGUGCUCAAUUCUCUGCUAUGCCACAGAGUUCCUGCAUGAUAUGGAGUAGGGACUUUAAGUAGCAAACUGAAAUCUGACAAAGACACUAUUUUCUCCCUUAGUUUGUAGAAGUCAUUGUUACCUUCAUGUCACUGAGGCCACAAAUUUAGGAAGACUUGCAAUAAAAUUGAACACUUAUAUGGGUAACAGUUAUGUUUAAUUAAAAAAGAAGGGUUCUAAAAGGAAUAUAAAAACUAUGUGCUUGACAAUUUGUCAUUCUUCAAGAAUUAGGGAUAAGGGCUGGGAGAGAGAUUGCUCCACAUUACUGUUGGGUUUUUUAUACCUCCUUCUCGUACAGGCCACUGCCGGAAUAGGAGUUGACCAGAAGGACCAUGGUUCUGAUCCUGAAUUACAAGUCCUAAAUUCCUAUUUACCAUAUUUCUGUCUGACGUAUUCUGUGGUGCAAUCCUGAAUCAUGGCUUGAUAUUUGAAAAGAAUUUUUCUGAUUUGAGUUUCUUACAAAAUGUUAUUUAAUGUAAAGUAAUUAUCUUCAGGCUCAAACUACAUUACAAGAAUCCAGUUUUGUGAAUGGAUAUAUGGCUCUGUAUUGUAAGUACAGAAGAGUGCAAGAAUAUUUCAAAUGUAUCAAACCAUACAAUUAUGGUAAUUUUAAAUUCUUAAAGAAAAUUGUUUCCUUAUAAUUGCUAUGUUUACAGUAAAGCAAAACAAAGCCAUCCACACAAAUCAUUUGGAAACAUUUGCUAAUUCAGAGCCAAAUCGCACAUUUAUUCAUUAAUAAUUCAUUCUGUUUACAAUAUGUGCUAAUUUUAAAGUUUUUUUCAUAGAGAAGUCUAUGAAAAAAACAUUUUCUUGUGUGAACAAUUUGUAGAAAUUCAUCAAAAUUCUGUAUAUUUGGGUGAAAAACACCCUUUUUCGUACAAUUUUCUAUUUUAGGCCAAAUCAUAAAAACUUGCUUUGAGUAGCUACAGCUCUCACUGACUUCAAGAAGACAGGCUGGUAUUCACUAUUCAGUACAUCUCUGGAAUUAGUCCUUGGAGGUGUUUCUUAAUAGGAAGUCGGUGGGCUUUUAUGCGUUCCCAUUAGAAGCAUACCAGUUUUUUUACUAUGUUUCAAAUCUCUCUUCUGAGAGAGAGUUAGGAUUGAAAUCAUUAACAAGGCAUAAAAGACCUCAAGCCAAAUUCUACACUGACUUAUUGCUGUGAAACUCUGCUCUUGUAGAGAUCCAAUAUGCUGGAUUAGAGUUUAUUGGCUCAUGUAUACAAAAACUUGCAUCUUUAUGGGUUUAACUGUUGCUGCCAAUUUUUUAAAGAUUUUUGCUUAUUUCUCCCAAGGUACAGUUUCCUGUGGGUAGAAAGGGAUUCUUGCAGUCUUCUAACAGUUUCAGAGAUCAAUAGGUUCUGAAUGAUGAGCCAUUUCUGCUGUUUUAUUUACAUUAUCUAUUGAGUCAUGAUCCAUUUAUUGAAAUAAACAAUUCACAAAUUGCCAA